CUCUGUCAGUACCAUCCGCAACCAGCGUUACCACAUCCAUGCCAAUCUUUCAUUUGCUGUCUUGGUGGCUCAGAUCUUGCUCCUUAUCAGCUUCCAGUUUGACCCUGGGACGGUGCCCUGCAAAAUCCUGGCCAUCCUCCUUCACUUCUUCUUCUUGAGCACCUUUGCUUGGAUGCUGGUGGAAGGGUUCCACCUCUACAGCAUGGUGAUCAAAGUCUUUGGAUCCGAAGAGAACAAGCUCUUAUACUACUAUGGCAUUGGAUGGGGAUGCCCAUUCCUGAUCUGUGUCAUUUCCGCAACGACAUCUGUGGAAAGCUAUGGAGAAGCCAACAACUGUUGGCUUUCCUUGGAGAGCGGUGCCAUCUGGGCUUUUGUGGGCCCAGCUCUGUUCAUCAUUGUGGUUAAUAUCUGCAUCCUUAUUGCUGUGACCAGAGUAAUUUCAAGAAUAAGUACCGAAAAUUAUAAGGUCCACGGAGAAGCUAAUGGAUUCAAAUUGACAGCCAAGGCGGUUGCCGUUCUCCUACCCAUCUUGGGAAGUUCAUGGAUCUUCGGAGUCCUGGCAGUGAAUGACCGAGCUUUGGUGUUCCAGUACUUGUUUGCAAUAUUUAACUCAUUGCAGGGUUUUUUCAUCUUUCUGUUCCAUUGCCUCCUGAACUCAGAGGUCAGAGCCGCCUUUAAGCACAAGACGAAGGUGUGGUCACUGACCAGCAGUUCCAUCCGCAACGUCAAUGUGAAACCUUUCAAUUCUGAUAUUAUAACUGUGACCAGGCCUGCCACAACGCCAACCAAACUCAACACUAAUGACAAAAGCAGUGAUUCUGGCAACAAGAUGGAUCUUUCCGCUGUCUGACAUUGACCCUUGUUGACUCUUCCUUCCAAAUACCCAAACAAACCAUGUCCUCGGGAUCUUUGAUUCAUUGCCUGACUACCUAUUACUCUCUGAGAAUUCACUCCUCUUUACUUCCUUCCUGCUAAAUUGAGGAGGGGCAGAGUUGCCCAUUGGACUGAAUCCAUACUUCCAGCUUUUUCUCCUCUGGGCUGGGAGGACUAGCUACGGAAUAGGCAAGGGACAUUUUACACUGGAUGGUCCUCUAAGCACUGGCAGAGAUGAAGCUGAGGAAUAUUUGUGGGAAACAGAAUUCCAGGAGGAUCUCUGGAUCCGCAAAGCUACAUUUUCUCAUGACCCUAACAUUGAAGAACUCUUGACCGGCUCUACGGACACCUACACGUUAAGAUAGUUGAAGGAUACAAAGGAGAAGCUACACUAGGAAAUGUCCAACUUCAAACACUGCCUUUGCAAACACUGCAGAAGCAAAGGUGAUGGAAUCCAGCUCUAUUUUUUCUGAUCUUGGCCUGGAGGCCAGCAGAAAUAGCAGAUGUUCUAUUUGAGCCUCAAGUACUGUAUAUUUGCUUGGUGGCUCUCCGGAUUUUCCUAACGCUGGUUGUGAUGGACACCCAGAGCUUCAUUUCAUUGCAAGAAGCUUUUAACUCACCUGGGGGGAAAACAUUUAUAUAGAACCCUCCUAUUUUCCCAGAUGAGAUUCAGUGUCUCAGCCUGAAUCCUGUUUGUAGACCGAGCGGAUUUCUCCUUUGUUGAAAAAAUCACACUUGCUUCGCUGUCCAUCUUGCCAGACAGAACAAAACUUGAAUGCCAAACAGCCACGUUCUUUCUUCCCCCCCACAAAGCAAAACGAAAUAAAAAAGAAA